GCUGUCCUGGAGGACUAUGCAGAUCCCUUUGAUGCGGCGCAGGUGGCUGGUAGCCAGGCAGGGCUGGAGAAGGUGAUGGAGAACGAUGGAUACAUGGAGCCGUAUGAAGCCCAGAAGAUGAUGGCUGAGAUCCGCCAGAAGGGCUUAUGGGAGGCUCCCACCCGGCCACUGCACCUCUACGAUACUCCCUAUGAGCCUGUGCUUGGAGGGCUGGACAUGGACAGUGACUGCUCAACUUGCCCCAGACCGAGGGAGUCCCGGCUGCCUGAGGACGAUGAGAGGCCACCAGAGGAGUACGACCAGCCCUGGGAGUGGAAGAAGGAGCGGAUCUCCAAAGCUUUUGCAGUUGAAAUCAAGGUCAUUAAAGACCUGCCAUGGCCACCACCGGUGGGACAGCUUGACAGCGGUGAAAGCCCCCCGGAUGGCGAGUCCAGUGCCUCUGUCCCUCCGCAGCAUGGCCAGCCCAGCUACGAAGACGCCAACGGUCCAUCAGAGGGGCUGGGGUAUGGCCGCACCUCACCCUGCAGGGAGGAAAAGGCCAGGGCUGCCCUCAGGCAUGGCUCCAGCAGCCUCAAGAGCUCAAAGACGCUGAUUGCGGAGCCUGGCCCCUUUGUCGGGGAGAGGAUUGACCCUGCCCUGCCCCUGGAGAGCCAGUGCUGGUACCACGGGGCUAUCAGCCGGACGGACGCAGAGACGCUGCUGAGGCUGUGCAAGGAGGCCAGCUACUUGGUGCGCAACAGUGAGACCAGCAAGAAUGACUUCUCCCUCUCCUUGAAGAGCAGCCAGGGCUUCAUGCACAUGAAACUGUCCCGGACCCAAGAGAACAAGUAUGUGCUGGGUCAGCACAGCCCGCCCUUCGACAGCGUACCGGAGAUCAUUCAUCACUACGCCAGCCGCAAGCUGCCCAUCAAGGGGGCUGAGCACAUGUCCUUGCUUUACCCGGUGGCUAUCCGUACCCUAUAGUCCUCACCCACAGGCCAGGCUUGAGGCUGGGUGCACCCGAAACUGGC